GCUCAACGAUAUCAGCUACAAAAUCAGAUGGACCAGCUGAAACAGAAAAGUAUGGGAAUUCUAAGAACAUGGCGUAAAAAGCGAGAUGAUUUCUUACGCGGAUUCCUGGAAACUCUGCAAAUGGAUGGCGGAAUUGGUUUUGAUAUCGUUAGUAAUCGACUGAGGAAAAUUGUAUCACGCAGUCCAUCACCACUCACUUGUGAAGAACAAGCAAAAAAGGGCGCGACUAAUGCUUCGUCUGCUCAUCAUCAACUGAUCGGGACACUCGAAAUGAUAACUUCUAGUGACACUUAG